CAGCAGCAGCAGCAGCAACAGCAGCAGCAGCAAAGGCCGCAGGAGCUGCAGCAGCAACGGCAGCAGCAACAGCAAGCUAUGCUGGCUCCGAACGCAUUCCAGUGGGGCCACCGCUGCCUCAGCGGGCCACUCUCUCGCUGCAGAGCCGCAGCAGCAGCAGCAACUGCAGCAGCAACUGCAGCAGCAACUGCAGCAGCAACUGCAGCAACAACGACCGAAACGGCAGCAGCAACAGCAGCAGCAGCAGGAGCCCCGCUACGUGAACGUCGGGGACGGUGGCUGGCUGCUGCAGGAGUGCCUGCUGCACCUGCUGCUGGGUCAGCAGCAGCAGCAGCAGCAGCAGCAGCAGCAGGAGCAGCAGUCUUCUUCAGGCGCACGGUGCAUGCAGCAGCAGCUGCUGCGGAGGCAGCAGAUGCUGCGGCAGCAACCCAUGCUGCAGCAGCAGCAGCAGCAGGAUCAGAUCGCAGCAGCAGAAAACGCUUCACAGUUGCUGCUGCAUCUCGGCAGCUUGCGGCGGAAGUGCCGCUGCAGCUGCUGCGGGCUGCAGCAGCACCAGCAGCAGAUGCAGCAGCAGCAACAGAUGCAGCAGCAGCAGCAGAAGAAGCAGCAGCAGAAGACGUAGCAGCAGCAGACUGGUGCCCGCUGCGGGCCCUGUGGAGGCGUUGUGUGCAAGAGCGGCAGCAGCAGCUGCAGCAGCAGCAGCUGCAGCAGCAGCAGCAGCAGCAGCAGCAGCAGCAGCAGCAGCUGGACCUGGGCGAGGGCGAGGAUCCGCUGACGCUGGAACAUAUCUGUCUUCUUCUUGAGGGCUGCCUCGCAAUUGGCCUGCGCGAGUUUACUGUUCUUGGGGGCCUCCUCAGCCUGGGCCGUUCUGCUGCAGCAGCAGCAGCAGAGCCUGAGUCUCUGCUGCAGCAGCUGCCACGAGUGAGUAGAGCUGUCCGCCGUUUGGCUUUUCUCCAUUUUGAUUUUUUCGAAGAAGCACAAACCGCGCUGCAGCAAAUAGGACCUGAGAAGGCGGCCGCCCUUUGGGAUAUUUGGGACCUCUGCGAUGUUGCUGAGGCCUUUGCGCAGCAGCGGAUGCCAUCUGCUGCUGUUGCUGCUGCUGCUGCUGCACUGUUGCAGCAGCAGCAGCAGCAGGAAGAGCUGCUGCUGCCGUUUGCUGCUGCAGCGCGGCUGCUGCUGGCCUUUGCCCAUGUGGACAUUCACUCAGCCGCGGUGCUGCAGCCGCUGCAGCAGCAGCUGCAGCAGCAGCUGCAGCAGCUGCAGCAGCAGCAGCAGCAGCAGCAGCAGCUGCAGCGGGAAGACGCCCUCGCGCUGGGCGCAGCAGCAGAAGCAGCCCUGCUGCUGCUGCAUCACCAGCAGCAGCAAGAAGGGAUGCAGUGGGCCCCUUUGCUGCUGGCCUUUGUGGAAAAGGCUGCUGCAUUUGCUGCUGCGCAGCCUGAGACCUUCUGGACGCGUCCUUCAAAUGCUCGGCUCCACAGGCAACUUCUUCUCUGCCGAGUAGCGCUGCGCACUCUAGACCGCUCCCUUUACGAACAGCUUGACCACGAUACACGAAACAUCCUGCGGCAGCUGCAGCGCAUCGAAAUCACUUUGAGCCCGAGACCCCCGACAGUUUUCGUUAAAAAGUUGAGUGCUAUUCUGACCAAGCUGCGCAUUGCCCACCAACUCUAUCCAAUGCGAGGGGUUCUUUGCUUCGACAUUCUAGAAAGAGACAGGAGACUCGCGUGGUGCUGCGACAGCGCAGAUCGUUUCUACGUGGGCACCAACAGCAAGACUGCAGCAGUUCGUCUACAAGAAAAGAUCGUGCGCGGGCUCGGCAUUCGCAUGGCGAAUUGCGCCUAUUGGCAGUGGAGCAAAAUGAAGGCUAGAAGAACCCGCAUCGAGUUCGUUCGCAUGAGCCGCUACUACGCGUUGCAAGACCGCCGAGAAAUCGACGUGGAGUUCGAGGGGUGGCUGUUGCCCCACGUGCAUCAUGUGCACCGCAAAAACAACAUUGAGGCCUUUUGCCAUUUCCCCAACAACCAGCCUCUGGGCUACGCCGUUUACUAA